GGCGAGGGCGCGCCCCGGCUGGGCGUGGGCACGCGUUCUAGGGCCUAGUCCGGCCCGGCGGGUGGGGCGUCCUUGCGAGUUGGGCGGCCCUGCCCUCUGGGGUGUGGCCGCCGCGCGCUCCGCCCCGCGCCCCUCCUCCGCCGCUGGCUCCGGGUGUGGUGGUCGCACCAGCUCUCUGCUCCGGCACCGCAGCGCCGCCGCCCGGCCCCGCCAGCUUCCCGGACCAUGGCCAACCUCGAGCGGACUUUCAUCGCCAUCAAGCCGGACGGCGUGCAGCGCGGCCUGGUGGGCGAGAUCAUCAAGCGCUUCGAGCAGAAGGGGUUCCGCCUCGUGGCCAUGAAGUUCCUCCGGGCCUCUGAGGAACACCUGAAGCAGCAUUACAUUGACCUGAAAGACCGCCCAUUCUUCCCUGGGCUGGUGAAGUACAUGAACUCAGGGCCGGUCGUGGCCAUGGUCUGGGAGGGGUUGAAUGUGGUGAAGACAGGUCGAGUGAUGCUUGGGGAGACCAAUCCAGCAGAUUCUAAGCCAGGCACCAUUCGUGGGGACUUCUGCAUUCAGGUUGGCAGGAACAUCAUUCAUGGCAGUGACUCAGUAAAAAGUGCUGAAAAAGAAAUCAACCUAUGGUUUAAGCCUGAAGAACUGGUUGACUACAAGUCUUGUGCUCACGACUGGGUCUAUGAAUAAGAGGUGGACACAGCAGCAGUCUCCUUCAGCCCGGCUUGGUAUGUCCCUGGACACAGCUCUUCAUUCCACUGACUUAGAAGCAACAGGAUUGAUCAUUCUUUUGUAGAGUAUAUUUGCCAGUAAAGCCUUUGGAAACUGGA